UGUAGCAAGGGCAGCGACCAGCUAAUCUUCACCAAGCAAGUCAUUACACUCGGCUCCACUUCUUCAGCCGUCAUUAUGGAUCAUGUGAAGAAAAAACUGUUGAAGACGAGUCAUAAAACUAGUGCAUCAAGAGAAGAAAUCAAUGAUGAAGACAGGCAGAUUAAUGUUUGGAUCGGCCAAGAAGAAAAAAUAGUCUGUGGAUUAACAAAGCACACAACCAGUGAAGAUGUGGUGGAGGCACUUCUUGAAGAAUACCAAAUUUCAGCUCAAAACCACAAUGUGGUAUUUGGGAGUCACAAAGAGUAUAGCAUUAUGGAACGCUGGAAGAGCUUCAAUCGUAUUUUGCCUCCUACAUUAAAAAUAUUAAAACUUUUAAAUUCAUGGGGGGUAGAACACAUUAAUGUGACCUUUUUUCUAUUUAAAACAUGUACAUUAUAUCCAUUCUCAACAUGGUGGACUUCGAAAAAAAUCAUAGACCUCGACAAGUGCAGAAAUCAGCACAAUGCAGCAUUUCAUGUGCAGGAAUUGCCGCUAGUUAUGAGAAAGAAAAUUGUAAGAAAAGCAUUCAGAAAAUUACAAAAAGUAAAAAAAGAUAUGACCUGCCCCAAAGAAAACAAUAUAGAGCAAAUGAUCCAUGUAGUAAUGUGUCAAAAUAACAUUAUUAAACAGCAGAUGGACAGAAUGAAACAAGUGGAUAGCCAACUGGAGGAGUAUGAUUCUUGUCAAAUGGGGUGUCAUGGAGAAAAUGUGAGCUGUAUAAUAGCAGAUUCAGCUGACAGGUUUCCAGAAAUGCAUAAUCUGGAAAAUGGAAUGGACAUCCAGGAGAAGUUGAAUUAUCAACAUAUGCUUAUUAGGAAGCUGUCAGAUGAAAUUAAAAUGGAGAUGUCUUCUUUGUGCCAGGAAGAUGAAAACUUUGUCGAAGAAGGGUACACUGACAUGGAGAAAUGCGUUAAACAAGAGAUAGAUGAAAGCCUUCAAGUGGGAUUACAAUUAAACAGUCUGUACAACUAUAUGCAGAAAGAAAUUCAGUAUCACGAUUCAAUACUGCUUCAGCAGAAAAAAGAAUAUGAAAUCCUAAAGGAUGAGCUAAAAUCUGGAUGUGGUAGCAGCUCAAGCAGCUUUUUAUGCUACGCACCUCAGCAAUACAUGUCUUUAGAAACAGACGGUGGUAAAGAAUUGUGUGAAAUCACUCAUGUGUUGUCUAGCAUGGAUAUACAAAAUGAAACAGAUUCAGAUACAGGCAUUAGCUCCACACAUAGCCAAGAUUCAGAGUCUGUUCAAUGAGAUUUUCAGACAUUUGCUGUUCCUGCGUUUUCAGUUGAACAAUAAAUUGGAAUGAACUAUGGUUACAGCUUUCACUCUAAAAUACUACAAUACCUAACAGCAUAAUAGUAACUAAGAAAUUGCAGCAUUAUCUUUCCAAAGCUGCAUGCCAUUGGAAGGCAUUUUUACAUUUUAAUAAUAAUGGGCAUCAUUUCUAAAAAGAGAUGAGAGUUUGCUACCGUGAGGAGUCUAACAAAUAGUAUGAUAU